CCUAGCCUUAGAGGGAAAUGGAAUAUUGGUGAAUAUAGUAAUACCACUACACCCUUGCUAUCUCUAUGUCACGCUGCUGUCUUCUACUCUAUGCCAUUAAAACAAAACAACGAAGUGCCGGCGGCAACUCUUUUACGUCAAUUUCAUGAUCGACUAAUAGGGCUGCGACCCCCCAUUAGUAAAGCCCUGCUCUGUGGACCCUCCUCUGCCCAAGCCUCAUAGAACACAUGACACGCCCUCGACACAGCUGAUUGGUCCAGGCCGGGGGAACGUGACCAAAGCUGAUCAAUCAAAUUCCUCUCCUGGGAAUUUGGAAUUGGGCCAUUCAGCCAGUUAACAGUGAGAAGCUGAGUGAGAGGCAGAGUAGAAACAGGGUCGGAAUGAGAGCCACAUGCAAGCCAAAAUGACGGAGGAGCCGAAAAGCCCUGAGUAAGCAGAGAGAGCUGGUCCCCAGAGGCAAUGGAGCCGCGGCACGGAGAGCAGCACAGCCCCGAGAGCAUGCAGCCCCAGGGGGAGAGGUGGAGCAAGAGCAACCGCCUGAGAGGCUGAUGGCUUCCCCGUUCGUGGCUCCAGCACUCCUGCGUCCUGCCUGCGCGUCCUUCCCGGUGUUCAAGAAAGCAAGCCCGAAUGGAAAGCUCACUGUCUAUCUGGGAAAGCGGGACUUUGUGGACCACAUCGACCUCGUGGACCCUGUGGAUGGCGUGGUCCUGGUGGAUCCUGAGUAUCUCAAGGAGAGGAGAGUCUAUGUGACGCUGACCUGCGCCUUCCGCUACGGCCGGGAAGACCUGGAUGUCCUGGGCCUGACCUUUCGAAAGGACCUGUUUGUGGCCAACGUGCAGUCCUUCCCGCCAGCCCCCGAGGACAAGAAGCCCCUGACGCGGCUGCAGGAGCGUCUGAUCAAGAAGCUGGGCGAGCACGCCUAUCCUUUCACCUUUGAGAUCCCUCCGAACCUCCCGUGCUCUGUGACAUUGCAGCCGGGGCCUGAAGACACAGGGAAGGCCUGUGGUGUGGACUAUGAAGUCAAAGCCUUCUGUGCCGAGAACCUGGAGGAGAAGAUCCACAAGCGGAAUUCCGUGCGCCUGGUUAUUAGGAAGGUUCAGUAUGCCCCAGAGAGGCCUGGCCCCCAGCCCACAGCGGAGACCACCAGGCAGUUCCUCAUGUCGGACAAGCCCUUGCAUCUAGAGGCUUCCCUGGAUAAGGAGAUCUAUUACCACGGAGAACCCAUCAGCGUUAAUGUCCACGUCACCAACAACACCAACAAGACAGUGAAAAAGAUCAAGAUCUCGGUGCGCCAGUAUGCGGACAUCUGCCUUUUUAACACAGCCCAGUACAAGUGCCCCGUGGCCAUGGAAGAGGCCGAUGACACCGUGGCUCCCAGUUCAACCUUCUGCAAGGUCUACACACUGACCCCCUUCCUGGCCAACAACAGAGAGAAGCGAGGCCUCGCCCUGGAUGGGAAGCUCAAGCAUGAAGACACGAACCUGGCCUCCAGCACCCUGUUGAGGGAAGGAGCCAACCGGGAGAUCCUGGGCAUCAUUGUUUCCUACAAAGUGAAAGUGAAGCUCGUGGUAUCGCGGGGCGGCCUGUUGGGAGACCUUGCAUCCAGUGACGUGGCCGUGGAACUGCCCUUCACCCUAAUGCACCCCAAGCCCAAAGAGGAACCCCCACAUCGUGAAGUUCCAGAGAACGAGGCGCCAGUAGAUACCAAUCUCAUAGAACUUGACACAAACGAUGACGACAUCGUGUUUGAGGACUUCGCCCGCCAGAGACUGAAAGGCAUGAAGGACGACAAGGAGGAGGAGGAGGAUGGUACUGGCUCACCGCAGCUCAACGACAGAUAGACUGGGGCCGGCCCUCCCUCUGGGCAGCUCCAGGUCCGCGCUCAUGCACUAGGAAGCUUAUUCGUCUUCUUCCUGUCCUCAUUCCCCCUCUCCCUUGUUCUUCUCAUUCCUACCAGGGGGGCCCGGCGGUCUUCCAGGUCACGGUGGUGAACUUCUGGCCUCAGGAUUGGCCCCACAUCACCAUGCCAACAGGGCCACGUGGACCACCUUCCCCCUCUCACCCCUCUCACAGGUCACCCCUCCAGCCCCCCUCUUUUCCUGCUGACCCCCAGAAAGGCCAUCCAAGCUCUGGCCUUGGGAUUUGACUUGGGAUGGGGAGCAGAAUGGGGAGGGUGGGGUAGAGGGCUUGAGACAUGUGAGAAGAUGCCCCUGGCCCCAGGCGGCUGGCACAGCUCUGGCAGCUAAAUGAUGACCGCACUGAGGGCCGCCCUCUUCUGGCCGAGAGGGGCACACCUGUGGAUAGAUUCUUAGUUCGGACCCACCAAACACCUCUCCCCUUCCACCCCUCUGUCCCCAUCCUAUGUCCCUCUGUUUCUUACGGUGACAUUGGUAAAGGUUCACAGACCCCAGGAGUAGAGAAAAGCCACAGGACUGACUUUCUUACCAGCAGUUACCCAGUCUAAGGCAAGCUGUGUGAACUAGCCCGAGUCUAAUUCAGUCCCAUCAGGAUGUAACACCCUAACUACCUUGUACCUUCUGUAUGUGUCCUAUCUAUACGCAUGCACGGAGAGAGAAGGGACAGGUCUUCACCGAGCACCAACCGGCCGCAUAGUGAGCCCAAGCUCCUGGGGAGGUUUUCUGAAGGGUGGCUUCGAGAGAUGGGGUUAGGGGAAAGAAGGUGAGCAUCUGCUCUGCUCCCUCCUUUGCAGACUUAAAAGCAAUCAGUGGUCCCCCGGGAAGUAAGGCUGGAGGUCCAGAUGGGGCUGGGGACACUGGUACCCUACUACUUCCCCUCGCGGUUCUCCAGGGCUGAGCUGGGCUGGCCGUGCAGGCUGGGAGAGCAUGCUUGCGGCCACUGUCCACAGGCAAAGGGCCCCCUGCCCCGGGAGGUGGCGUGGCCCAUCGAAAUGCCCUCCCCUAAAAGGAAGGGGUCUGCUGGGUAGCAAGGAACCCUUCAUUUCCUUGGGGAGUUAAUGACCCCCCAGUAGCUCCCAGUGUCAUGGAUGCCCAGUACCCAUUGUUUGGUGUUGGUGUGAUCGGGACCUGGGGCAUUUUUCGGCAAUGGGGCGGGCGGAUGAUGAGGUAGAAAGUGAUAAAAGGUGUUCAUUCUUGUCUGGCCUUUGACACCCACUUACUGUGUGACCUUGGGCAAGUUCCAUUCUCCCUCUGGGCCUCAGUUCUUCACCUAGAAGACCAAAGCGUUUGACCAGAUGAUCACAAAGGGACCUCCCAGCUCAGACCUCCAAGAAUUUAUAAAUCUGAGUUUCUGGUAUGACGGGUGAGCCAGAUCCAGACCAUUGACUCUGGUCUGUCUGCCUCCAGAGAGGAUUCAUUGGGCCCCAGAGGUAGUAGGGCCAUGGACAGCUCCUAGCCCACCCCUUCCCAGGCCCUUCUUGGGCCCCUAGAGGGCCACCUGAUGUCAAGCUGCAGCCAUAGCUAGCAUGAGCUGCUCAGCCCUAGGGCCUGAGUAUUAUAGAAGACCAAGCUUGGAUUUGCUUAUGACAAGGCCUUGGGUGCCUCACAGCUCCCUGCGGAAGCAGACCCCCUUUGGUUUACCUUAUACCCAAGAAAAUGUGUUGCUUAGCAGGGCAGGGGGAUCUCUCCUCCAUCCCUGCUCCCUUUUAUCUCUGUCCCAUACUUGCCUGAAAAAGGAGACAACAAAAUGUUAUUAUGCAAGUUGGGACCCCACCCUUUUCAGUCCUGCCCCUCCUGGGGUAGGCCGGGUAACCAGUAUCCAUGGCGAGAGUAUCCAUUUCACAAGCCUGGCGCUGCACCCCAGCCCUUCCCCUUCUGAAUCUCAUGAAGAUGCAAUUCUAGGGAGCCCUACCCUGUGUCGGGCCCAAGUUAGCUUGUGGCAGCCAUACUUUCCUGGCCAGCUCUGGGGUCCUAGCUGUGGGUGCCCCAGGCAUCCAACCCCUACCAGAGCUUGCUGGCAAUUCACACCUCAUUGGACAGCUGGAGAGUUGAUGAAGGGCUGGAACACAUGCCAAGCAUAUGCUGUCCAGGGUCUUCCUCUGGAACCUUUGAGGCUGGUAUGAGACCCUUUAGGAUUUGAGGUCAUCACUCCCCUACAGACCAGCCUCUUCCUCCAUCCCUCACCCGUGCACAUGAAAGACUUAUCAGCCCGGUUUCUGGAGCUUCUUCACCUCAACGUCACACUCACCCCUUCAGGUUUAUCCAAGCGUUUGAAAUUUCUUCAGCUGCAGGAAGUAUCAUAGCCCCAUCUAGACUUUUACUCUUGGGCCCAGGGCUGCAGAAAGACAGCCCCUGUCCUCAGGAAGCUCAUGGUCAGGUGGAAGUUCUAGGGGGAAGGAUCGGGGGCCAUUGCAUUCAGGCCUCCUUGGCUGCUGCUAGCCCAUAUAGUGCCUUGAUGUGACGUAGCAACAGUGCCCCUUCCAGGUGGACUCAGUCCACGUUAGAAUGCACAGCUUUGAGAAUGGCGCACAGGCUGGAGUUCAGCCCCCCUCUCCCUGGCCAGGUGCAGCACAGGCCAGAGCGUUUCCUUGGGCCUCUUCCUGAGGGAAAGACCCAGAUCAUCUUUCGAAGCUUCUGGUUGGCUCCAGACCCCUCUCCAGCGGCAGGCCCCCAACCAUGACCGAGUCUUCCUGUGCAGGGCCCCUCUCCCUCCGGAGUUAGCCUGUCUGGAGCCCGGUGAGACCUUGGAGUGAAAUUGAGGAUGAAGGAGCCCCACCGGGCCGCAGGCACCAGCCCACAGUGCUGGCUCUGUGCUGACCCCCCAGCUCCGUGCUGGUACCUUCCAGUGGCCUGUAUGGGUGGCAUAGAGCUAUCAGUCUGGGCAGGAAGGAGAAGCAUGGCGCUGGGUGAUAAGCUACAGGCAGAGGCCAGCUGGGCUUCCUCAGCGUUCCAACCAUGAGCAGAGUGAAGUCCCGUGAAGAGAAGGGCUGAAUUAUUCAGUCAGACUCCAUGGGCUGCCUUAGCCUCAAAGCGCAGACAGCGAGGGUGGGCACACCGGGGGUGGGGGCUUCCUUCAGCGGCUCGGGUGGUCGCUGACAAGUAGGUUCCCACAUGGUACCGUGAAAAGCGUGCUGGCCUGGGAGCCCACGGUGUCUCCAGCCCAGUUGUCACCAACCAGCUGAGUAGCCUUGAGCAAGUCACUCAACCCCUUGGGCUCAGUUUCGCUAACUAGCAAAUGAGACUGUAAUCCCUUCCCCAACUGACUCAAGGAAUCUGAAGCCCAGAUGAGACAAAGGUCAGCUCUGUAAGUCGCAGAUGGCUGCACAGGCUGUGGCCCUGGGAUGGCAGGGCAGGAGCCCAGGGUCGCCCAGGAAGAUGGCUGCGGGCUGUGCCCACCUCCCACCAGUCUUCAUUUCUUACCCCUUCUCACUUAGGCAGAUGCCACCCAGAAGGAGAUGCAGUCAGUUUAACUUUGGUGACGCAGCUGAGAGAAAAAUACUGUUCAGGAAUGCCUCUCCCACAGACCAGACCGUGGCCCCAGCAAUUACAGCAGAGACACAAGCCAUGGCUAUUGCCAGUGAUUGGGCUAAAGGGUCAACCUGGACCCUCCUGGGCCUGGUGCCACCCCCAUCUCCCAUCUUUCAGAUCCCACAGAGGCCAGGAAGCCUUGGCUCUGAUCCCAAAUUAGGGAGAGCUACCCACCUCCAGGCCAAGGGAGGGCUGAACCAUUAUUCCAUCAAAGAACCCCAAGGGUGAGAUGGAAUAGAAAUUGCCCUUCGAAGCAGAAGGUCCCCUGCAGGAGCAAGCACAGCCGCCAAUGCUCCUUGGUGAUACUUGGAAGGGAUGGGGGCCCAGGAGAACCCAGGCCCCUUCCCCUGAGAGCUGAGACCCUGCUGACCUGUUCGUUCCCCAGUGGUUCCAGCGUCCCGCAAAGGCAGCUUCUCCUGCCAGUGACUGGGGACCGGACAUUCUCCACCCAUCCCAGAGGAAGGCUUUGGCCCCAGUCUUGAACUGUUAUAGGGUCUCAUGGGCACAGACCUAUGUCUGUUCUGAAGUUUUUAAAGUCAACAAGGAUCAAAACAGACUCUUCCGACCCUCAUGCACAGGCCUGCGUCAAGCAGCCUGAUGGUAUUUUGCCAUCCUUUUCCAGGCAGGUCCAUCACUUCUGUCCUCCUUCCAGGACUGAAGUGGCCCACCUGUGGGGCAGUGUCCCCACCUCUUCCACUCCCCUGAGAGUCCCUGCACAGUGGCUUCAACGGGAGGCCCAUCGAAGGGGGAGCACCCCCCACCCCAAGCACUCUCUCCCAACUCUUCACUCUGAAAGGGAAAUCAAAGCACAGGUCCCCAGGACCCAUGACCUACAGACACUCUGAUGCAGUGGUUUUCAAACCAGGUGCUGUGGAACCCCUGGGUUUCACAGAGCUUCGCCAGGGGCUGCUAAGGUGGGAAGAUGGGGGUGGAGGCAAAGGCUAGGUCUCCAGCGCCCCCCCGUCCCCACUUCCACCAGGACAACUCUGCUUUUAUCUCUCUUGCCUCUUGAGGCUCCACCUUCAAACUUUUGAAGAAAAGCUUCUUCAAACCACCAUUCUGAGGUUUGAUCUUCAACCAGCAAGUGCAGGUUCUCUUCUUGCUUCUCAUGUUGGAAUGGCUUCAGCAUUCCGAUACAAAGUGUCUUUGUAUUGGAACUUGGGUUGCAGACCUAGGCCCAAGCAUCUGCUCACAUACACACAAGCACACACACGCGUGCACGCAUGCACGUGUGCACACACAUGCACACGCACACACACACGCACACAUUUGAUGGUUUUGUAGCUCACCCACCCUGAAGCUGCUCUGGCCUGGGUUUGAUUUGGGCAGGAGCCUAGGUGCUCAGUGAGCGUGGGUCUUACCUUGAUAUCAGCCCAUGCAGGGUGGGGGACGGUGGAGCAAGGAACUAGGCCCAGCGCCCACCCCACGACUUGUGUCAGCACCCCACUUCCCUGGCCCAGGCCUAUGGGACAUGUGAUGGGAGAAGGAGGAACGAGACUCUGGUUCCUCUUUAUAUACAGCAGAUGGAUGGACAUUUGGGUUCUUACAAAAGAAAUGUUGAGGGAGGACACAGUCCCUCCAGAGACCUUUAAAGCAGCCAGUUUCCCUUGAGCAAUUCUAAUAGGCUUCCACGCCCACAUCUGUGGACAAGCAAGUGUGUGCGCAACAGGAAGGUGCCUGAAGAGAUGCUGGUCCUCCACCCACAGUCUCUGCCAACCUGCCCCUCUGCCCGGGCCCCCCACCAGGGCUGACUAUGGGGUGGCACAUUGGUUAGACCUGGACCAGCCCUAGACACAGAAUCCUGUCCUGGCCCCCCAGUGAGGGCAUUCUAGGUGAAAAUGUGAGGCUCAGGGCACAGCAGACCAUGUGGCAUGGGAGAAAGUUCUGUGUUCAGUCUGAGUAUGCCCUUGGGAACCCCACUGACCUUAGUUUCCCCGUGCCUAAGAUGUGGCUAGUGCCAGGCUCUGCCCACCUCACAGAUUACUGCAAGGGGAGGUCAUGGGGGGUAUGAUAGGGGGUGUCCUAUGAGAGGUGGGAGCUGCACAAACUUGGGGUGUGGUUGUGGCCUGCACUGUAGAUCAGCAGAGCACAUGGGGGAAUGAGUAUGGGAUGUGCCAACUUUCCAGGGCAUCUCUGCUCAGUGUUAAGGUCUAGCCACAGAUGCUAUGGGACACCUGCCUCUUCCUACCCAGUGGGAGCCAGGAUUCAGCCUGGCACAGUGACUGUGGAUCCUGGACGCAGGGAGUGACAGGUGGCUGGGACAGGUCUCCAGGUCUGAUACCCUUCUGUUAAGUGAUUAUUUUAUAACACCCUCUAUCCUGGGCCACCUGCCAGGUUUAUCUGUUGUACCUGUGACAUUCCUUAUUAUGUCAGAUAAGUUAUUACAGUUUACUCAACUCUAACAGGACAAAUGAACAAGAGAACCAUAAAUAGGAGACCAUUAAAGGUCUUUUGUGACAGA